AAUAUAAUUAUUAUAUGUUUGUAUAGUUAAAAAUUUUAAGACUACCAAUUAUAAAUUUAUUCUCUAUGUGUUUUUUAGUGAAAUGCUUUUGCGUGGUUGAUGUGUUCUAUAGCAUAUAUGCCUUUUAAAUAUGUGAUUAAUGUUGAUAUGAAGACUUCCGAUCUAAGAUACGAGUUACGACUGUAUAAAUUAAUAAAAUUACGUAUUUAUUUCCAAAAUGGAAUGAUUUUUAAGUAAUGAAAAGGAAGACUACAUAUUAUGUCAGUUAAAUUUGUAGAAUUUUUUAAGAAAAUAAAUAUUGAUCAACAUUAAUAACAAAACCAUGAUCGGUAAAGGUUUAAAUGUUCCAGUAAUUACAAUGAACUCUAUGGAAGAUAAUGAUAAUUUGUUUCCAUCAGCUAGCAGCUUUUGCAGAGAUUUCAUCAGAGGAUGCUGUCCGCGAGAGAAUUGUAGAUUUAUACACGAAAUACCACCAAAGUCUUGUUUAAAAGAACUAUUUCGAUUUUGUCACGAUUAUCAAAACAAAGGUUGUUUUCGACCUAAUUGUAAAUUUUUGCACAGUACUGCACAAGACGAGGAACAUUUCUAUGCUACUGGAAUAUUUCCACGGGACCCUCGGAAUACUGCUAUAAUAUGCCAAGCUUUUAUACAUGGAGUUUGUUUGAAACAAGACUGCAAAUAUAUUCAUGUAAGGGAUGUAUCCGGUAACGAAAUGAGUACUAAGCGUAACUUUCAGGCAUCAAUAUACACUAGAAACCAACAUCACAUGAGAGAUGAUAGCUCACCACCGGAAGCUAAAUUGCGAAGAUUCACGUACGAAGAAACUGCAUUGGAUACACAAACAUUAUCUACAACUAGUGUGUGCGGUAAUUGUGAAGUUUUAGAUCAUAAAGUAAAAUUAUUACAUGAUAACAUUAGUGUUUUAUUAAAAAAAGUGGCAGAUUUGACAGAGAAGAAUGUCCAGUUGACUUCAAUGAAUGAAUUCUUACUAGAACAAACUGCAUCUGUUAGAACUGAUCAACCAUGUGUGAUAACUUCGAGACAUGGAACAUCAGCACCAGUGUCUCUGGCAACAGUUAGUGUUACGCCAGUUGUUAGUCUCGCAGGAGCUUUACCGACACUUGUGCCAACUGCAGCAACACCUAAUUUGGCUCUAGGUCCAGCAGCAUCUCAAGCUCAGUUGUUGACUCCUGCUCCACAAAUACUUACAGUUAGUACUACACAGCAACUGGUUGGAAAUUCAGGGGCUUUAAUUGUUACAAGUGCUGGGGCUCAACAGCUCAUGCAAGUUAGUGAUUCUGGUACACUUAUGGGUGGCGGACAAACUGUGGUAGCUGUGACACCUGCACAACUAACAUUAGCACCACCUACACAACAAUUAAUGAGUAAUGGACCUCAAACUGCAGUUCGUCAAUUAGUUCAAACAUCAGCUCUGCAGCCACAGCUAGCUUCUCAACACCAAGCCUCCCAAUAUGCAGCACAGCAAUCAGUGCAGCAUUUAGCUGCUGCCCAGCAAUCUGCUCAACAUCUAGCUGCACAGCAGUCGGCUCAACAUCUAGCUGCACAGCAAUCCGCACAACACUUGGCUCAGUCUGCUCAACACCUUGCAGCAGCCCAGCAGUCUGCACAACAACUAGCACAGCAAUCACAGCAGUUGGCUGCUCAGCAAUCUGCACAGCAACAGUUAGGUUCUGCAGCACCACAAUUGGUUCACCAAACAUCUACUCAACAGAUAACAAUUUCUAGUACUAGUCAACCUAUGGCUUUGCCUAAUUCUCAAGCUCAGCCUCUAACAUUUCCUAUAAUCUCACAGAGUAUUCUGCCUCACUAAAUUGAAAUUUAUUGAAAUUCAAAGAUAAUAUUCUAAGUGUUAGAAUAUAAUUAGCUAUAUAGUCUAUUUGAAUGCAACCAAUGUAUAAGUAUAAUUCUAUUUGUACUAGGACUAGGCUAUAUAGCAUUCAAGUCAUGUCAAUGUAAUAAUUAUUCUGAUGACAGUACUGUCUUCUUCUUACUGUCAUAUUGUACUUACCCUGUGUCUAAAUAUAACUUUAAAUUAUUCAUCGGAAAACCUCAAUUUCAUUUAUAGAACUCUAUUCUGAACACCAUACUUACAUUUCAGAUUCACAAAUUCUUCUCUAAUAGUGUUUGUAUGACACUAAAUAAUAGGUUAUGUUUAAAAAAUUAAAUAUUACAAGUGAAAUGGCAAUGUGUACAGAUUUUAACUACUAUUUUAACAUAUGUCUUACUUUAGUAAAGAAUUAAAAAUCAAAUAAGUAUCAAAAUAUGUUAUGUGUAUUAGUAAGUUUAAGUUAUGCUAAGAUCACAUACUUGUGUACUGAAUUUUUUAUAAGUUCCAACAAAAAAAGGAAAUUAAGGAUCAUGAGGUUACGAAUAAAUAGGAUAAACCUCAACUAAUCAUAUUGUUUGACAUUGUGAAUUACAUGUAAUUAAUGUGAUAUGUUCACAUUUAUUUUUAAAUUUGCUUUUAGUUUAUUUUUUUGUUUGUAGUGAGCGAAAAAAUUGCUUGAAUGUUCAUUGCAAGUAUAAUGUAACUAGAGGUUUUAAUUUUAAUAAGAUAGGUAAUUUAUUUUGUAUUAUUAAAAGGAGUAUUUCCACUA